GGAGCCGACAAACGCAAACACUACCGCAAACGCCGGUCCAGCGUCAACUCGGCCGUUGGUGACUAUGAAGACGCCCCAUCCACCGCCGCCCCCGCCUCACCACGUCGUAACACCCACAACAACAACGACCAUGGCCAUGCCCAUCACCACAACCAUGCCAGCCUAGACAGUGGCAACGGAACCUCGCAAACUGGUCAACAAGCCCCGUCCAACCCCAAGAUUGACCUGCCCGAGCCAAUCGCCGCCGAGUCCAACCUCAAUCCGCAGGCCCACGCCAAACCCCGCACUCCAGAAGAGCGAAUCGCACAACUCGAGCGCGAACUGGCGCAAGCCCGGGAAGAGAAGACCGCUGCCGAAGAUGCUGCCGAGCGCCUGCGCAACUCUCUGCACAAGGUGCAGCAAGAACACAAAAAGCUCACAAAAAAGCUUGUGCAGCGUUGUUCUCAGCUCGAAGACGUCCUUGCCCGCCAAAACGAGGACCGCAAUCAACUGGUAGACGAACUCAACUCCAAGAACAAGCUCCUCGCCGUUAGCUCCAGCGGCGUCGAUAGCCAGAUUCGCGUCUACCGCCAACAAUUGGACCAAGCCCAUGCCGCCAUAGAGAACCUGAAACGCGUACACCUCCACACCUCCACCGAACUUCAGGAACGCAACCGCCACCUGUCCCUCCAGCUCCUUCAGCUUGACCAGGCGUACAAGGCCGCCGAAAGCCAGCGCUUACAAAUGCACCAACAGCUCUCCAUCAGCCAGCAACAGCUCUUCAACCAGGACGCCCACCUUCGCCGGGUCACCAAGCAUGCUCGCGCCCUCGAACGCAACAUCUCCAACAGCUCCCUCCCCUCCCAGGCUUCCCACCAUACUGCUGACCUACACUCGGUGCACUCCAUUCACUCGGCCGCCACCGUGCCUCCCCAUGAUGCCGCCGGUGGCAUCAUUGAGACAUUGCAGGGCAUCAUCAACGACGUGAAGCGCGUUUCUGCCAAGCUCGGCAGUACCCCGCUGCCUGCUGCCGUCGAACUCCCUAAGCGCUGGGAUGGCUCGGGCUCGCCCUACCUUUUUCACCUCGACCGCACUACUUACAUUCUCCUGCCUCGCCUCGUCGAACAGCUGCAGUCGGCCAUUGGGAAGGAUCGUCUCGUCGUCAUUGGCCCCGCGGCCUGGAACGCUUACCUCAAAUCCCCCCUCCUGUCCAAGGACCUGCGCCUUGGCCUUGCCAUGACCCCCGGAGACGACUUUGUUGACGUUUUGGCUAGUGCCAUGACUGAGGUUCUCAAAAGCCCUCUGGUUCAGCACGCCAUUGCCAUGCUUCAAGCCGUGCAACAG